AUGACCAUGAUCGACAAUUAUGGACUCAAAACAUUCCUACGCACCCUUGUCCCUGGCGAAAAACCGAACAUCGACAUUGUGGCCAUUCACGGCCUCAACCCGAAAAAUAAAGAGAACCACGCGGAACGAACCUGGGAGUCAGGAGGCAAACUGUGGCUGAGAGAUUUCCUUCCGAAGAAAUUGCCGCAGGCUAGGAUUUUCCUUUAUGGAUAUAACUCCAAUGUCGCUAUCCAAUCUUCGGCUGCGGGGAUACGGGACCAGGCGCAGAAUCUACUCAGCAGGUUAUGGCUGGAAAGAAAGGGCUGUGAAACUCGUCCAAUUUUGUUUAUUGCUCAUAGUCUGGGCGGGAUUGUUGUCAAAGAGGCCCUCGUACAAGCCAAACUUGGUGACGUAUAUUCCUCAAUCUUCAAAGCCACCUUUGGCGUUGUCUUCUUUGGAACGCCGCAUCGAGGAAGCCCUUUGGCGCGUAUCGGGGAUGUGUUUGCUAAAGUUGCAAGAGCCGUUUUAAAUACCCCAAACAAUACGUUUAUGAAUGCACUGAAGAAGGAUGACCUAUACGCCACCGAACUUUCGUCCAAUUUUCAACAAAUACAAGAGCAGUACCAGUACCUGAACUUUUAUGAGACUUUACCGCUGAAGAGUUUCAAUCUGAUUGUCGAAAAAAGCUCCGCGGUCCUUGGUCUACCUGAUACAAGGGAGAAAAAGAUAGCCUUGAACGCCAACCACGAGGAAAUCUGUAGAUUCGCGAGCGAAGACGACGAGAAUUACCGACACGUCUCAGCAUUUCUGGUCGACCUUGUCAAAACGAGGAUGGAUUUCGAAGAGCAGUCCAUAGUUGAAAGUUUCAACAGUUUGAGCAGUACUUUGAUGGAUGGCUUGGUUGAAGAACGUGAACCAAGCUUCUUCAUGGUACCAUACAUGCGCAAUGAGGUCUUUGUCAACCGCGGGCCUAUUAUUGAAAAGCUUAAAGACCGAAUACUCCCAAUCGGGGAAUCACACUCGCGAGUGGCUCUUUUCGGUCUUGGUGGUGUCGGUAAAUCGCAAGUCGCUAUCGAGAUUGCGUAUCAAAUGCACACCGAACUACCCCAUGUAUCUGUUUUCUGGAUCCAUGCAAACAGCAUUGAACGAUUCCGAGAAGGAUACCACAACAUCAUCGAUGAAUGCAAUAUUCCAGGUCGAAACGAAGAAAACUGCGACAAAAUGGCCCUGUUCAAAUAUUGGCUUGAAAAGGAACAUAAAGAAUGGUUGUUGAUCAUUGAUAACGCCGACGAGGCUUCCCUCUUCGCAUCGAAAGCCGAACUCUCACGAGAAAAGACAGGGGCAGAUCAGUCGAUACUUCAAUACCUGCCUGAAAGUCCUCAUGGUUCGAUUCUAAUCACAACAAGAAAUCGGGCUGCGGGAGUCAAGUUCACCAGAAAUCUCUCCCCGGAGCUCGUCGAAGUUAAUACUAUGACGGAGGACGAGUCGAGCCGCCUCAUCAGGUCAGCCCUGUUGGACGAUAUACCCACCGAUGAAGAGAUAUAUGAGAUCUCAGAUUUACUUGGUCACUUACCGUUGGCACUUGCGCAAGCUACUGCAUUCAUGCAGGAGAAUGUCCUCACCAUAAGCGAGUACAUUGAGCUCUACAAGGACAGCGACGAGACACAAAUGGACUUACUAUCGGAGCCCUUCGAGACCCUAGGCAGGGAUAGUCAAGUCCCGAAUGCUGUUACAACCACGUUGAUCAUAUCGAUCAACCAGAUCAAGAAGAAGGACCCGAAGGCUAUAGAUAUCCUAUCUCUAGUCGCUUUUAUCGAUCAACACGACAUUCCAAAGAGUCUUAUACAAGCAAAAGUUAAGCGUCCAUUGGAUUUCACCAAAGCUCUGGGGACGCUGAAAGCGUUCUCACUUAUCACUGCAAAUGAACGGGGAAAUUUCUCCCUUCAUCGGUUGGUCCAGUUAGUUCUGCGAAAGUGGCUGAUUAUCGAAGAUAAGUUCGAGGAUCAAGCAAUUCAGGCCAUGGACGUUCUUGCAGAACUAUUUCCAAACGCGAAAUUUGAGCAUUUAGCCAUCUGUAAGGCUCAUUUCACCCAUGCUUUCUCGGUCCUCAAAUUCAUCCCCGAAUUACACGGCAAACUACUGAGACGACGACUAUACCUCCAAGAAGGAAUAGCAUUCUACCUGUGGACACAAGGAUACUACGACGAAGCGGAAAAACUAGAUCUACUGAUCGUCGAGGAAAACGUUAAAGAAUUCGGAAUGGAACACCCCGAAACCCUAGAAAGUUUCGAGAGUCUCGCAGCAACGUACGAACAACAAGCGAGAUGGUCCGAAGCAGCGAGGUUAGACCAACAUGUUCUCGAAGUCCGAGAAAGAACGUUGGGGCCAACGCAUGACCUCACGCUCACAAUCAAAUCGUGCCUGGCAAAGCUGUACAGUAAACAAGGACGGCAUGAAGAGGCAGAGACCAUGGUGAUGGACGUGCUGAAGACCAGACAAUCGAUACUUGGCGCAGACCACAAAUAUACAAUAACUACCAUGGCUAAUUUGGGGAUAAUAUGCCGUCGCAUGGACAAAUUUGAGCAGGCGGAGAAGUUCAUGCAUCACGCUUGGGACUGGAGGAAAAAGAAUCUUGGUGUAGACCAUGAGGAUACCCUGGAUGUCGCAAGUACUCUUGCGGUCAUCUAUACCGACCAGAAUGAACUGCAAAAAGCAGAGCAAUUGACUCUUCAAACUUUGGAGGCGCAGGGAAGACAACUGGGCCCAAAACACCCGGCAACACUGAUUACCAAAGGCAACUUGGUGAGUAUUUACCAAAGCAUGGAAGAAUGGAAGAAAGCCGAAGAAUUGGCACGCAAUGUGACCAAGGAUCACAUCGAGCUGCUGGGACCGAGUCAUUAUGAAACACUGCUCGAAAAGCAAAAGCUUGUCGAUAUUUACCUCCAGCAAGGCUUUGUUGAGCAGUCCGAUGCAUUGGGGGACGAGGUCACGAGGGACAGCAUUCGCAGACUUGGGUUAGAUCAUCCGUUCACCAUCGAAUGUAUGCAUGACACCGCUAUUACUCGAAAGCGCCAGAGUAGGGAUGCGGAAGCAAUCCAGUUGAUGAUCAAGGUGGUUAACUGGAGAGAAAAGAGCUUGGGACCUUAUCACGACGAUACUUUGAUGCCCUUUAAGAUGCUAUGUGACUGGUGUGGAGCAGACGAAGCGAUAGAGAUGCUCCUUGACGCUGCUGAGAUGCGAUGAAAUGUAUUUGUUAGCCGUAUUGUAUAUAUGUUUUAGACACUUCGAUAUCAUCACCUUAUCCUGACCCAAUACUGACCUCACCAUCUACCAAGAUCUCUCUGUCCCAAAUCUAUGGUCACGGUACUGUAG